CCCAGGGUGUAUUUGACGGUUUUCCAAUGGCUUUUUGACUCAUUUUGCGACCUCGCAAUGCUCCAAGCAGUAUCCAAGCGAUUUCCGCCGCUGUAUCAUGCCGUUCUUGCUUCCAAGGUCAACCACGGGCCUGUGCGCAUUGAUGUUCGCGGGGUGGCCAGAAUUCGCAUCAAUCGUAACACUGGAGUGAAGGCGGUGAAGAUGAGCCCUCCAAAGACAGAGUGGCAGGCUGCUGCUGAAAAAGAGUUCCUUCAAAUGCGCUCUAGGGUCCCCAAGGAUGAGCUUCUGUGGCACUUGACACCUGAUGAUGUCCAGCACUUGUCUCCGGAGAUGAGAAAGUGCUUAACUCUUCGGUGUGGAAGUUCGCGUGACAUCUCUCAGUGGCGAAAGCAGCAAUUGAUCCGCAAGUUUCAAAGGCGCCCAUUUGACACCAACAGUCCUGCAGUACGGAUUGCUUGCCUCACAGAGAAGAUUCUUCGUCUCCGAGCGCAUCUUUUGCGAACGGACUUGGGGGGCUUUCAUCAAGAAGCCAAGCGAGCUAUGAGGAUGUACUUGACACGGAGAACCCGGACAAUGAAAUCUCUUUACAAGUCAGACUAUACACUGUAUCGUCAUACUUGCUUGGAGCUGGGCAUCAGGUGUAUACGCUUUGCGAUUCCCUUGCCUUCGGCUGACCCACAAAAGAUGCUGAACCCACAAGCAGUCGAUGGCGACCACGCCAGGUGGUUGAUCCGGCAGCGGUUGUACAAGGCGAAGCAUCGACCACGAGAAGUUCGAGAGCCAGGAACACAGCGGCGAAUCCGCUGGACGCGUCACCCAUUGGAACCUGUUCCAGAGAGCCAUGGCAGGCCAAAGCCCACUCCACAGCAGAUUUCCCGAGCAUGGCCAUACGGCGUCCGGCAAGAACGAGUCGAGGGACGGCAGGUGAUUUACAAUCCAACUGCACCUGGUCUUGGAUUCUGGCCUGCCAAGCAGAAGAUCGUCGGCGGCCGCACUCCAGAGCCACCUGAGUGAGGUAGGCUGAGCAAGUCUGCCAAAAACGGGCGUGCCCUUGGAAGCCCAGGAUUGCUGUGCAAAGUUCUGCAAAGUAUAUAAUUAAUGCACAGCACUGCAUGUCACGUGCGAGCUCGGAAACUCUUCAAGUCGGCUUGUGAAUUGGAUGCUUUGAUCCUUUCAAGAUGUUUUUCAGGUUUAGCAGCUGAAACAAGUUGUGGCUCCAAUCACCCACAUGACCCACAUGGUUGUUUCAUUCACGGCCUGCAGCCCUUCACCUGACAUCAGCUUGGGACUUCUGUGGGCGACCUGGAGGGGGGUUCGCCGAUAUGGCUAUGGCGUUCACGAAGAGGAACACAAACCACAGGUCUUCAGCAAUUUGCCGCAGCCACGGAGGCAAGCUCGAAUCUUUCAAUGUCCAGUGGCCGAAUCAUGUGCAGCGAGGAGUAUGUGUGGUGCACCAGUCCUUUGGUUGCUCUUUGGCGAAACAGACCUUGGCUGAUGAAGCGCACGAGGCCCGAUGAUACAGGUAGACCUGAGCAGUGUGAUGCAGCGUGUCCUCCUUUGCUUCUUGAGCACAUGGUCAAGGCCAGGCAGGCAACCGGUCGUUGGCGUUUGCAAAGCUCAACACUGACCUCAGUGCAGGCGACGCGUCCACCAAAAGCGAUGCUGUUAUUGAAUGCUAUUGAACUCAGUCGGAACGCGAUCUGAGUUGGGUUCCUUGUUAACACCAGGCAUUCUUUCCAAGGCUUGCAUUGGGAGUGUUGGGUCCCGGAUGGUUCUCUCUACUUCUUCAGCUCUCCUCAGACUUUUUCUCUAGCCGCUAGCCACAAAGACCUUCCGACAGUCCGUCAUGAGGGGCACACCAGGCUCAACCAGCAGUCUCAACAGCCUCGCCUUCUCGCAGGCCCACGCUCCCCGCCCUAAUCUGGAGCUUUUGGUCGAACAUAAUAUAGUCGCUGGCUUUGCCCUCAACCAGCGCUGCAGAGAAUUUUGCCUGCAACUGCUCAGAGACGGAAAUGAGAUCUCUCAUCGUUGGUGCAACAUGGCACGACCACCUACAGUCAGUAGGUCCAGCGGAUGUUCUUGCCCAACUGGCAAAGCAUUGUGUCCAAUGGAGAGCCAGGUUGAGCCGACCGUCCAGUCUCAUGGCCAACCCAGCCCUCUUUCACACCUCCCCCCCCUCUGGCCGAGAUCAUUGCCUCAUGUUGACGGCGGGGGGUGUAAUGUUUUCUGCUUCCAGGGCUUUGGUACAGGCGGAGCUCCACGUCCAUCCACAUCGAACAUCGAAGUUGUGCAGCUGGAGCAUCGAAUUCUGGUUCACCGCGGCCUUCAUGGCUUCCAGAGGUCGACUGCCUCGUUUUCGUUCUGAGCUCCAUCCACUCCCUGAUGUUGCCGCCGUCGAAGGCAAUGUCAUAGGCCGUAGGCUCUAUCGCCUCAUCCUUCCAUAGGUGGUCCUUGAGGACUAGCCGGCAUCAACUACCAGCCCCUAGUGUCUUCCUCCAUGGCCCUGUCCUUCCCAGAGGCCCGGCCCCAUCCGGCGUGGAUGACGACAUGUUGGCC